AGACAGUUACAAUGGGGUUGAGUAACAAUGGGACAGAUAAGUCGUUCGGAGCCGAACCUACAGUGGCAAGCAUCAUCCUGAGCCUGGCUUGCCUCUUCGGAGUCUUGGGGAAUGCACUGGUCAUCUGGAUUAUACUUUUUGCCAUGAGGACGCAAAGAUCCCCCACUGUGGUGCUCAUCCUGAACUUGGCAAUAACCGAUGUGCUUGUUCUGAUCACUUUGCCGGUGUGGAUCUACGAUCUCGUGCAUGGCUGGGUCUUUGGAGAUUCAUUGUGUAAAAUCCUGAGCUGUGUCAUCUCCUGCAACAUGUAUGCAAGCAUCUUCCUCAUCACCGCGAUGAGUGUAGAGCGCUUCAUGGCUAUCAUCUACCCGUUUGCCACCCAGCGAUGGCGCCGAAGCAAAGUUUUCGUGAAGUUGGUGCUCGCCAUCUGGAUAUUGGCCUUUCUCUUUACAGUUCCAGUGCUGAUUUACCAGGCGGUGGAUAAUGAUGAUGACACUGGGCAGCAUCAAUGCCUGUACGGGAAAUUCGAUACCGAUCAGCAGAAAAUCUUGUGCACAGUGUUACAAAUUGUAGUUGGUUUUCUAAUUCCCUUUUCAGUGCUGUCUAUUUGUUACUUUUGCAUUGGGAGGAAAGUGAAACAACUGAGCUUUAAUACUCCAAACAGAGCUGGGGCGGUGAUCAGCAGUGUGCUGAUUGUGUUUUUUAUCUGCUGGGCGCCUCACCAUGUUUUAAAUCUGAUAUCAAUCAUAGCACUGAUGAGCAAGACAUCGGAUCAAACCCUGUCAGACACAUUAACAGAUAUCUAUAAUAGAGGUAUCUACAUUGCUGGAACUCUGGCUUUCAUCAACAGCUGCAUCAAUCCUGUAUUAUAUGCAUUUGCUGCCCGGAAUAUCCGUAAUGGUUUUCGAGUAUCAGCCUUGGCCAAGUUUUUUGACCAGAUGACCCAUUCUGUUAAAGAAGAAUCUAGAAAAGGAUGCACGGAUACUACAAAAAAGGACACAAGUGCCACUAUGGAGGAGAUGCACUCUCUGCAGGUUAUUUAAGGUGUCAUUUGUCUUUUUCAACAAAACAAAUUCUGGUAAAGCUCCCUCUCCGUCCCCCACCCGUCUCUCCCCCCCCUUCUCGCUCCCUUCCCCCACCACUACUCUGCACCACCAAGUAGCAACAUUUGCCAAGACAGGAGGAAGCUUCUAGUUCUCCUGUGUAGGUUGCAGGGGUCUCGGCUUGCGGUAGCUGUGUCAUCUAUUCACCCUCCUUUCAUUGAAACCUCCGCAAAAUGAUGCAGCUGAGGCAGAGAAAUGAGUUGUGUGAAGCACUAACUCCCUGGUUCCGGUUACUCAAUGUACCACCACCAUCUGUUUGGAAUUGGAAUUUAAUCUUAAUUGCAAUGUAAGUAAUUAUAUUUGAAUUCGUACACUGGUGCUGCCAAUGUCAGCUCUGCUAAUUACGGAUAUUUAAAUAAAAACAAUUCUCCUCAGCAAUGUGACAUUUCACAGUAACUACGCAGAAUUUUACGCUUGUACUCGUUAUUGAUUAUUGCCGUGCCUUUCCUUCACUCAGGAGGGCAGGGACAGUUAGAGCUUACAGCCGUUCAAUGGCAGCUCAAAUUGCCAGAUAACUGGGGCGCUUUGGUUGUGCCUCUUUUAGCUGUCCUCUGCCAGCUAACCCACUGAGAACGAUUCCGUUCAUUCUCGCAAAGGAAAAUUGGGAAAGCGGCACAUAAAGCAGAUACGCUUCAAAUUCAAUCAGGAAUAGCUUGUAGGUCCAAUAUUAAACCACACAAGCAGUCUGUGUAUGGGUAAAUCACUUUCAUAGUGACUUGAACUUACAGCAUUAUAAAUCACAUUCAUUUUCUCUACUAUAAUGAUGAUUUGAAAUGUAUACCGUGCGGCUAUUUGUAUUGCUGAGUAGCAGAAAUCAAAGUUACAAAGAGAGAAUAUCAUGGUUGUUUUUCCUUUAAAAUAUUUUCUAAAUUAACUUUCAAACUCCUGAAUUCCUUUUUUAUUCACUUUGCUGUAAUGUCAGCCUGUAUAGAGCUAAGCUAUAGAUAGGCUGUCAUAUUGAAGAAGAAACAGCCUCCAUAUAACCAGGCUUUAUUACAUUAAGUUAACCAUUGCCUUAUAUUAAAGUACAAAUGAAAUUAGUACAGGUAAUUCUAAUGCUUCAAUAUUACAAGCAUUGGUGUAGCAUUUAUUGUGUUUAUAUGUGCACUGGGUACUCUUGAUAAAUAUUUUAAGUUUUGCCAGAAAGAUAAAUAAUCUGAUACGCUAUUUCAUCUUACAUAAUAUUAAAGAGCAAAACAAAGCAUCCAUGGAAUACUGAUUUUCAGCCACAAUGGAAAAGAUUCCCUCAGAAUGAAAUUAAUUCCUGCAUGCCAGCAUUGAGUUAGAAAUACUCCAGUGCAGCACUUUCAACACAUGCUGCUGACAUCUGAUGACACCAAAGGAUUAAUUCAGGCAAUUUAUUCCUGUAUGUGUGAGAGGUGGUUCAUUGAUUCUGAUUGCGGAGGUGGUAAAUUUUAAGUCCCACAGCAUGUCACCCAGGCCGAUAUUUCAGUGAAGCACUGAGGGUGUGUUGCAUUAUCAGAGGUAUUACAUAUCAAGAUGAAGUGACAAACUAAGGCACUGCCUUCCUUCUCAGGUGCAUGUAUCAGAUCCCCUAUCAUUUUCUUGAAGAAGAGCAGGAAUGUUCUCCUGGUCAAUAAUUAUCCCUCAACCAAAAUCACUAACACAAAUUAUCUGGUCAUUUAUCUCAGGUAUUUUUCUGGAGUUUGCUGUGUACAAAUUG